GAGAGUCAUGUCACGUGACACCACCUGCGUGACGCGGCUAGUUUGCGGGCAGGUGGCAAAUCCUGAAAAAAAACACAAACGACCAAAACUGUUUAUUAUCUAAAUGAAAGAGUCUUUCUUCACAGUUUCGCAAACGAAUAUAAUUUCUGUCAUAAAAGAAGGGCGUCCGUUCACCAUGUCUACACCUGACCGUGUUGGACUGACCCACUGUAAGUUUGUCCUGGUGUUUGCAGGCCUUAUGGAUCUUUUCGGUGUGUCUGCUCUUCUGAUCAGCGUCUUCGUCCCGCUUGAGAUCGAGGGUCUAGACUUUGGUGAUCUGUUGGUGUAUUCGGGAGCUCUGCUGGUGUUGAUGUCUAUGGGGGGCUGGGUCAUGUGGUACAGUGGGAAUAUUGAGGGUUUGAUUUCAGGGAAUGAGCUGACACACAAACGCAAUGCCGUGGACCGGCUCGUUCGCACCCUGAGCCGCCGCAUACGGAAACCCCACCGCGGCCACAGCACACCCUGACCCCUGGGCACGGCUGACAGUGCACACACAAAGAGCAAAUAAUGCCAAAAUCUCAGUUGCAAAAGAAGGAAAAUGGAACGAUAAGGCAAGGAU